AUGAUUGAUAUAUCGGAGAUACAAUGCUCAUUAAAUAGAGCAGUAUCGUCAGUAUUUGGAAUAAGUAAGACGGAAAAUGAGUUAAACUCAUUAAAGUCGCUCUGUUCAGCAUUAGAUAGAUUAAGUCUGGACAGCAGUGACCCAAAAAAGGAUAAAUUGACAGUAAAUUAUGUAAAAUACUAUUGUAACGGAAACUACUAUCAAUUUCUGGAAAAUUUAAGGAAGUUGUUGCUUUUGUUUGCACAUAGAUUUGUUAAUAUAAAGUCAGUGGAAUCGGAACUGGCACAUUUGUACAUUAAAAUAUUUUUAAACAUAACAAACACAUUUAAAAGGAAUAAUAUCGCAUUUCAAACGGAGCUGCUGUGUAUCUGUGUACUUAAAAUUUGGUGUAACGUACUGUGCAUAAACAACAGCAAUAAAAUAGACGAGGAAACAUUUGAAAAAAACAAAGAAAUAUUUGAGGAGUAUGUGCCACUGGUGAUAAAUGUGUACAAGUGUAGUAAAAAUGAAAAGGAGUGGAGUAAAUUGUUGUACAUUACUUUGGAAAUAUUAAAAAACACACACGAUGAAGAGCUGCUUUAUCAAAUAUUUGAAGGCCUAGAAUGUAUACACACAGGAUUAAAGGUGAAUGAGGUGUACCCAGGAGUAGUAUCAGCACUGAUAAAUAAGCUGAAGGAACUGAAUAGAAAACAGUUGAUAAAAUCAGUAAACACACUGAUAGUGUGGUUUAGAGCCUUUUUAGAAGGAAAGAAGGAAAGUAACUUGAGUGAUUUGGAAUAUUUGAAGAAAAUUCUGAGUGAAAAGGAAGAAAAGGAUGAAUUGUUGAAUAAAACGGAAGAAUCGCUGGGAUAUUUGAUAAGAAGGUUCCGAAACACGCACUCAGAAGCGGUGACUAAGGUGUGUUUGAGUUGCGUAGACUAUGAGAGUCUGAAAAGUGAGUUGAGGCAGCAGAUGUGUGAAAGUAUACUGGAGUCGGUGAUUAAAAAGGAUGGAAGCGGUGAAAUUGAAAGGAAAAUAGAAGGACUGUCAGUAUCGUCGAAGCUGAUAAUGAGAGAUAUGGUGUCAGAGAGGAUGAGUGAGCCAGGAAGGAAAGCAGUUGAAACAUUUGAAGCAUACCUGAGAAUACGAGGCUGCUUCCCCUGGGAAAUGGACGAAUAUAUGGUAAUUAAGUUCAUGAUAGACAACGUAGAAGUGGAUUACGAAGGAAUGGAUGAUAAGGUAACGGUGAACAGGAAGUAUUUGGUAGACGCAAGGGAAGGAGUAAGCGCAAUAGGAGACAAGGGGGGAAGAAGGUGGGAAGCAGCGGAAAGUUUCUGCAUAAAAUACUUUGAAGGAAUAUCGAAAGAAAAAAAAGUAGGAAUCUUUACAAAUUUACUGAUAAUAUUGAAGAAUAGUACCACAAUACCAGUGUACGUGAGAGCGUUGCACGUGUUGAACGACUUGGUAGUAAGCGGGAAUGGAAAAGAAAGUUUCAUAUCAGAGGAUAUGAUAAUUGAGCUGAGGACACUAAUAAUAUCGAAGGACAUGUUUGCAAUGAGCAGGAGAGUGGAGGAGACGUUGGCGGCAAAUGUAACGAAGGUUAAGCUGAUGGACCUGCUCUCAGUGGUGAUAAGAAGCGACGAGAGAGGAACGCUGAGUCACAGGGAAGUUGAAACGAUGCUGUUUAACGUGAUUCCAGAGGUAAACUCGGACUACACGAGAGUGUCGCAAUCAUCGACUUCGUUGAUGAGGGAGCUGAAAGAAUAUUUCAACAAGCACAUAGGAAAGGAAGAAACAGAGUUUAGGCAGUUGCUGGAGUACUAUACAAACAGUUUGAUCAAGAAGGUCACGAGCAAUAUCGACAACAGAGGGGUGUCGGAUGUGGUGUACACGCUGACGAGCUUUAACAACCGAAGAGUGGACAUGAAGGUAAUAUUUGACCUGACAGUGCAGUUCUGUAAAUACUUUGACGAAUUCGCAAUAGAUCGAGACUAUGAAUUCGAUGAGAAGUUGAAUGAGGUGUUGUACAGCUUUAACUACAUGUUGCUGUACAUGAAGAGGUACUUGAUAGGAGCUGAAAUGGAACAAAAAAGGCAAGAAUGUCCAGAAGAUGUAAUGGACGAGGACGGAAAAGGAGACUUUGUACUGAGUGUGUCAACGCUGAUAAUGACGAGGAUGAGAUACUACGUAGCAGAUGAAAGUAGCAGUGUGAAGUAUCUGGCACUGGUGGCACUGAGUAGAGCUUUGGAAAUCAGUUCGAAAAACGAGUACAUAUACAGAAUAAGAGUGCACGAAAUAUGGGAUUGUCUGACGCACUCGUUGGAAAAUAACAUUAACCAGUACAGAAUAGUGUCAGUACUGCUGAAAAUAUAUAAAAGUAUAGUGAAAAAUGUGUACGAAUUUGUGGAAAAAAGGUUGAUAAGAAUAUUGGAAGUGAUGGAGAAGGUGGUAUUCGAAGAUGAGCAGAUAGUAGGAGUGGCAGACGAGAGGAACGGAACAAUAAGAUACAAGUGUUACCUGGAAAUAAGCGAAUUCCUGGAGGAAGUGGCGAAAAGAGUGGUUAACAGGCGGAUGUUCUCGAAGCUGAUGCUGAUAUCGAUAAAAAUACACUCGCCGAAGACAAGUGGGUCGAUAAAGGAGAAAUUGAACGAAGUGUUUAAGAAUCUGUCGAAGAAGGAUCCGACACUGGUGAGAAACGUGCUGAUAGAAGUGAAUAAGGGAGAAGGGAUGAAUAAGGCGUUUAUAAAGUAUGCGCUUAAGAGAGAUGGAGAAUGGAUAAAACUAAAUAACUGCUCAGUUUCGAAGGUAGUGAAGGAAAAAUUGAAGGAGUUGGGAAUAGACGGAGAGUUGGUGAGGAAUGUGGAAAGCGAAGAGGAGAGGAAGGAGGUGAUAAAGUCAAUAAUCAACUUUGUGAACAUAGUGUACAAGGAGUCAGGGUAUUUUAGAAGCGAGGCGGCAGGAUGGAAUUAUUUGGACUCGGGGGAGCUGAGGGUGGAGUGUGUCGAGAAAGAAAUACCGGAGUGUAACUUCAGAGUGUUCGUGAAGGACGAAAGCGCAAGCAAGAGCGUGGAAAUAAGGGCGGAGGACGUGAUAAAGUCGUCGACGGUGACGAUACCUACGGGGAGGUACACGCAGCAGUCGAACGAGUACCUGAGAAGGAAGAUGUUCAGAGGAGGGAAGAUGAGCAGGCUGGACGCGAGGACGUUCGAAGCAGUGAGGGGCUCGGGAGUGUACAAAAACCUGCAGUACGUGGCGCACAAGGACGGAGAAGAGGUGUACGUGGACCUCUUCCACGACGGACAGGGCGUGGUGCACACGGUGAGUCCAACCAUAUCGAUAAGGCAGGGGGGGCCUGUUCUGAACCUCCUGUACCAAAACAAGAAUUUCGGAAGCAGAAAGGCACUGCUGAACGUGGCGUCGGAGCUGAACCUGUUCAAGCUGCUGAACUACAACCACAAGCUGACGGUGAACGUGUACUCGGACAUACUCGACUACGUUUUCUGGAGCGCAGACUGCUCGGACUGCACACUAGUCAACACGUUCGUAUCAGUGACCAUGAACGACAUGAUGGCGCUGAUGAGGAACAUAAACAGACUGAAGGUAGUGGACAGGGUGAAAGCAAGUUUAAAAAGUAAAUUCAGCCGUAGACCUAAAUCGAAUGCCGAUGGUGGCAUUAGUGGCAUUAGGGACAAAGAGCUGAAGGAGAAGACGAAAUUGGAAAACUUGAAGGAGGCGGCACUGUCUAAGGUGAAAUCGACUAAGAGUGACGGGAAGGCGGAAGAGCUGAGGAACAGUCAAGUGUGUGUGCGCAUAAUGAAGAAGGUCGGGAAUCUGAAGUACACCCUGUCUCCGUACCUAGGGUCGACGGAGUUGGGGCUGUCGAAUCAAGUGGCCUACAGGCUGGACACGAGUAAGCUGGACGAGCCAGUGGAAAUCAACGCAAGCCUGAACAACAGUUACAAGUACAGAGAUGAAAUGGAAACCAGAGAGAGGGGGCGUGAAGAAGAGUCCUUGUGGAAAUAUAGAGCGGAGACGAGACUGAUGGUGACGCUGAGAUCAAGGUGCAGACUGCUCUGUAGGUACGUCUACGGGAACAAGAUGUCCAGGGAGGACUACAGAGGACUGUUUGAAAGCAAGGCGGAGAAGCCGUUCCUGGCGGCCUCGCACGACUUGUCAGUGCCAGUGACCUUUAAGUUUAAAAUAGUGCCCUACGUAGGGGUGUUCGUGGACCUGCUCUUCAAGUCGAUGAACGCGGAGGACCUGGACGUGAGUUUGGGGGUAAAGUUCACAGUGCUCAACCUGACUCUGUCGAUACCGGUGCUGAACAAGGUGAAAACAUCCUACGUGCUCAACAAGUUCGCAAAGGGUACGCAGAACUACCACAUAGGAAUAUGA